AUGGUAAAUAAUAUAGACUUACCAUCAUUCUCAUUGGUAGAGGCAGCCAAGUAUGGACAACUUAGAGAGUGUGUAGCCUAUGUAGAGAAGGUGCGACUACAGAACCCAUCAGCUGACUUGUCAUCAGUGAUAAACAAUGGUGAUGAGUCGGGCAACUCACCAUUGCACUGGGCUUGCUAUAAGGGCCACUACGACAUUGUCAAGUACUUGCUGUCGAUCGGGUCCAAUCCCAACCUGCCCAAUCACGACGAGGGCCAGACCCCCUUGCAUUGGGCCUGCAUUGGCGGCAACCCAUACAUUGUCAAGUACAUGUACAACAGCGGAGGCGAUCUCACCAUGCAGGAUGCACGCGGAUACAACUCGUUGAUACACGCUACUCAAUACAACGAGCUCAAGAUCGUUCGCUACCUGCUGGAGCGGGGCGUCCCCGUCAACUCACAGGAUCUGAUCGGACAGACUGCUCUGCAUUGGGCCGCCUAUCAGGGUCACAUUCAGCUGGUCCUAUUCCUUGUCAACAAGGGUGCCGAGUAUGACACGAUCGACACAUACGGUCGUACGCCCCUUCACUGGGCUUGCUACCGAGGCAACACCGAACCAAUCAAGGCACUAUGCGACUUUGGUUGCAGUCUUCAUCUCAAAGAUAAGAAUGGCGAUACACCAAUCGACCUGUGUAGACAACAGAACCACUUAUUCCUGGCUCAAUCACUAUCGAUAUACGACUAUCAUCCAUUCCGUAAAGCAAGACCUCUUACAUAUAACAUAUGUUGGAUCAUUAUAUCUGCUGGACUGUACAACUUGUUUGGCUUUGUUCUUUACUACUUCUCGGUCAUACCUGCAAUCUUCCUCUUCUCCAUCCUCAUUGGCAUAUGUAAACUACUCAUUGGUCCUCUGAACCUACCCUACACACCCAAUCCUAUCCUACCGACCUGGAUGUUGUGUUCGUUCACUACCUGGGUCUUCUACUACAUCAAAUACAUCCUACCCUCCCAACCAGACAUGGCCUUUACACAUACAUUCACAAUGGUCAUUCUAACUCUUUACUAUUACUAUGUGUUCAAGCUUGCCUUCUCGGAUCCAGGAACAAUCUCAUCAUUCACUGCAUCACAAGAUUCAAAGGAUUUCCAAGAGGCGAUCGAGCAUGAGCUAAAGGUACCAGAUGUUUGCUCAUCAUGUCUCAUCAACAAGCCAAUUAGAGCCAGACAUUGCCGAACCUGUAGGCGAUGUGUGGCAAGAUUCGACCAUCACUGCGGCUGGAUCAACAAUUGUGUUGGCGCUGGCAACAAUGGAUCAUUCAUCAUUCUUCUCUGUCUCUUCAUGACCUCAUACUCUAUGAGUUUCUUCUUCAACAUAUUAUACCUUAACAACACACCAGAGUCACCGCCAAUAUCAGCAUUCUUCAGUUGGUUUAUGUUCCACUUUACAAACAACAAGUUGCUGCUGAUAUACUUUAUCUACGAAUCAUUGAUUGCUGCAUGGAUUGGAAGACUGCUCUAUAUUCAAGUCACUGGUGUUAUGUACAAUAUCACAAUGUUUGAACAAAUGCGUCCACUACCUGCACCAACCUCAUCAGCGUCAUCUUCAUCACAUCAGAAAUGUGGCAACAAUACCAAGUGUUCGAGUUCAAACAACAAUGCAAGUGGAGGUGCCAGCAGUAGCAGCAGUAACAGCAGUAGCAAAGGCGAUUCAUACGGCGCUAACAAGAAGAAUGAUUUGCCAGCGGCACCAAUGAGCUCAAAGGACUCUGAGAGCACGCCAAUCUCACUCAAGGAUGCCAUUCUCAUGCCUUCAAGGAACUGCGCCAACAAUCCACACGACAGAGGAUCCAUCAAGAGGAACGUCCAAGAGUUCAUCUACGAGACCAACAAAUGGUACAGGAACUACAGCCACCAGACCAUCGAUUUCUAG